AUGGCAGGCAUCUUCGAACAAGAGCGCAACAGCGGCACCCUCUUCCUCGGCGGCCAGAAGAUCAGUGGCUCAGACAUCCGCGACCAGAAUGUCCUCGCUACGCAAGCCAUCGCCAACAUCGUCAAGUCCUCCUUCGGCCCUAGCGGUCUGGACAAAAUGAUGGUCGACGAUAUUGGAGACGUGACCGUGACCAACGACGGCGCUACGAUUUUGAGCUUGCUGAGCGUGGAUCACCCGGCCGGCAAGAUCCUCGUGGACCUGGCACAGCAGCAAGAUAAAGAGGUUGGGGAUGGCACGACAAGUGUGGUGCUCAUAGCCGCUGAGCUUCUGAGGAGGGCAAACGAGCUGGUGAAGAUGCGCAUACACCCCACCACCAUCAUCACCGGCUACAGACUCGCUCUCCGGGAAGCGGUACGGUACAUGAACGAGAACAUCAGUACGAAAGUCGAGACGCUAGGCAGGGAGUCGCUGAUCAACAUCGCUAAGACGAGCAUGUCGAGUAAACUGAUCGGCUCGGAUUCGGAUUUCUUCGCGAAUAUGGUCGUGGAUGCCAUCUCCAGCGUCAAGACGGUGAAUGCGAGGAGCGAGACCAAGUACCCCGUCAAAGCUGUCAACGUGCUGAAAGCGCACGGGAAGAGCGCGACGGAGUCGGUGUUGGUGAAGGGGUAUGCGUUGAACUGCACUGUCGCUAGCCAGGCGAUGAAGACGCGGGUCACGGACGCGAAGAUCGCGGUGCUGGAUAUGAAUCUGCAGAAGGCGAGGAUGAAGUUGGGGGUGAAUGUGGUGAUCGACGAUCCUGCACAGCUGGAGAAGAUUCGAGAGAGAGAGGCGGGGAUUGUGACGGAGCAGAUUGAGAUGAUUUUGAAGGCGGGGGCGAAUGUGGUGUUGACGACGAAGGGGAUUGAUGAUUUGUGCUUGAAGCAUUUCAUUGAGAAGGGUGCGAUGGCGGUGAGGAGGUGUAAGAAGGAGGAUCUCAGGCGGAUUGCGAAGGCGACGGGUGCGACGAUGGUUUCGACGCUGGCAGAUCUGAACGGCGACGAGACGUUCGACCCGAAGAACCUGGGUCAGGCGGAAGAAGUUGUGCAGGAACGGAUCAGCGACGACGAGUGCAUUCUGGUCAAGGGGCCAAAGGUGCAUACUGCGGCUUCCAUUAUCCUGCGAGGACCGAACGAGUACAGCUUAGACGAGAUGGAGCGCAGCGUGCACGACUCCCUGUCCGCCGUCAAGCGCACGCUCGAAAGCGGCAGGAUAGUACCCGGUGGCGGCGCAGUGGAGACGGCUUUACACAUCUACCUCGAAGAAUGGGCGACCAGCGUCGGCUCCCGCGAACAACUAGCCAUCGGCGCCUUCGCCGCCUCCCUCCUCACCAUCCCCACCACCCUCGCCGUCAACGCCGCCAAGGACUCGAGCGAACUCAUUGCCAACCUCCGCUCCCGCCACGCCCUCUCCCAACGCACCUCCGAACCGACACCGCACCCCCAUUCGCCCAAAGACGCGCCCCGCCCUCCGCCAUCCCAACAACGUCCUUCUUCCUCCUCCGCAGACUCUCCCGACGCCAAGGCGCUGCAGAAGGCGAAAGCGUACCGGAAUUACGGGUUGGAUUUGGCCAAGGGACGGGUGCAGGAUAGUGUCAAAGCGGGCGUGUUGGAGCCGAGCAUGAGUAAGGUCAAGCAGUUGAAGUCGGCCGUCGAGGCUUGUGUGGCGAUUAUGCGCAUCGAUACGCUGAUUAAGCUGGAUCCGGAGCAGAGGGGCGAGGGCGGGGAUGAUGGGCAUGGGCAUAUGUAG